AUACCGUAGAACGCCGUCGUCGCGAUCGGCCGCGCCUUUACGCGCACCGCGUUAUACCAGUACCUAAAGUGAACCACUAAUUUACAGCACACUUAAAGUGAUGAUACUAGUUUAUCGACUAUAAAUCUGUGCAGUGUUGUGCUCGAGUCGCAGAUUAUUAUUAUUAUGGACCGAUAAGAGAGCUAUAGAUCUCAUCAAGAUGGAUUAAUUAGCAAAACUCCGUUAAAACAUCAACAUAACGUUGCCUAAAAGGCGUGUUGCGGGCAAGGGUAAGGCGCGGCGUCCCUCGCGACCGACCUUACUAACAGGUGAGGCGACGACGCCACACAGAACAUGAUACUAAGAUUGCCCUGCCCGUUUACACAAACUUCGCUAGCCAGUUUACGACAAGCGCCCGCCUCCGGGCACUCCACCGGCCAGGCCUGGUGGAGCAUGAUGAACGGCGUGGGCGGCGCGCUGUACGAGGAGGCGCACGCGUCGCCCCCGGGGGGCUCCCCGCCGGCCGCGCCCGCCGCCGCGCCGCCGUCCGCGUCCAGCGCCUCGCCGGCGUCCGUGGGCUCCAACCCGCCGCAGCCGCUGCACAUCCCGGCCAAGCGCUACGAGCCCGAGCCCGGCGUCAUCCGCCACGCGCAGCAGUCGUGGGGCUACCCGCCCGACGCGCCCGCACCCUUCGAGCACCAGUACCCGGCCGGGCCCACGUACUACAACCUGCCGGUGGAGCGCGAGCGCAAGGCGGGCCUGCCCUUCUGGCCCGGCGGCGGCGAGUACAAGCCCUACGCGGACGGCUGCCACCAAGGCUUCACGCAGCCGUGCUGGAACUACCCGUACGGGGCGCCGCGCGGCGACCAGCCGCUGCCGUACGUGGGCGAGGAGCGGCGCACCGCCGUGUCCGAGGCGUCCGGCUUCUCGCACGACGCGUACGGGCUGCGGAACUACGCGCCGGAGUCCGUGUCCAGCGCGCCCUACCCGCCGCCCAGCGCGCUGCCUGGAUCCCUGUCCAUGUCGGUCGGCGUCGGCGUCGGCUGCGGCUCCAACCCCCUAGACUGGACCGGACAAGUCACUGUGCGUAAAAAACGCAAACCCUACUCAAAGUUCCAGACCCUCGAAUUAGAAAAAGAGUUCCUUUUCAACGCUUACGUGUCAAAGCAGAAGAGAUGGGAACUGGCGCGGAACCUAAACCUCACAGAGAGACAGGUGAAGAUAUGGUUCCAGAACCGACGGAUGAAGAACAAGAAGAACUCGCAGCGGCAGGCGGCGCAGGCGGCUCAGAACAACAACAACAACUCGAACGCCAAUAACCACAACCACCACGGCAGCCAUCACCAUGCGCCGCACCACGUGGCGUUGCACCAUGCGCCGCCUGCUAAGCAUCAUCAGUGACCCGCGCCUUUCUCUGGGACUUAUCCCCUUCACCACGGUAUAGCCAGCUAAAUCCGGACGGAAGGAAAGUUCCAAUGAGGACUCAAUUGUGUUGUGCUCGAUGAUCGUACUUAAAUAUUCGAAAGGUUCGUCCGUUGUUCGUCAUUCGAUAGACAGUAAAGGAAAGUUGCUGUACCGUUCCGUACGUAAUGUGGACGCUUCCCGGAGUGCCGGUGCGCCGCGAGUCCCAGAGAAUCUAAACGUAAGACAAAAUUAUUGUGUUGUCGAUUUGUGUAUAGUAUUAAUUACGAAAUUAUUUUCUGUAAUGUUAACGAGACUAAGUACAUGAGUAGACGAUUCCUGAUAUUGAUAAUAUUAUCUAGUAUAGCGCAGACAAUGUAUUUGAAUAUGUUUUAUGCAUCGAAACUCGAAUGCAACCACAGCAUCACCUAUGAAUUAUUGUAUCUAGAUAGUUUAUUGAAAAUGAAUUUUGUAAAAUAUUUUGUGAGACUGCUUUAUUGUUGUAUUCGUAUCGCUGUUCAGAGGGUGGUUAAGUCUUGAAUAGUUAACUUUUAUUUUCGUUACCAAAUUGUUGAAUUACUCGGGUUGCUUUGGUGGCAGUUGUAGAAAUAUUUUCGUAUGGAGUGCGAUGGAUAUUAUAUGGUAGACUUGUUGAUCGGCAAAUCGCAGCCGGUUAAGCCUAAUACUUAAGAACGUAGCAUCGACGUCGCUUAUUCUGAUAUAAGAAAAUAAUUAAAUCGCAAAAUGAUCAAAUAUUUAUUACUGUUUAUUUUCUCGUCUCAUUAUUCGUAAAUUUUGUUAUUUAAAUUAUCGAUUUCUGACAAAGCUUUAACUCGGUUCCAGUAGAAUUAUGCAUUAAGUUACUGUUAUGACUUUUUUGAAAUAUUGAAGUUGAUGUUGUAAUCAAUAUAAUUAGGUUAUGGGCAAGUGCAUUAAUACUGUCCUCUAUUGACUCAUCGUUCUGUUCGCUUAAGCCUGUCUAUUGCUUUUUUAUUAUUUUAUUUGUUUUAGUUGAAUAUUUUAUUAUUUAUUUAUACAUUGAAAUAGCAACAAUCUAUCAUGUAUUAAAUAUAUUUAUUAUAAGUUGUAUUUUUGGUCUAGUACAUCGAAGUGAAACGUGAAUAUUAGAUGUACAUUGUACAGCUGUUUAUAAUUGUGGUGUAAUAGAUACCUUUAUAUACAAAAUAUCUAGUUACAUAAAUCAUCCCAGUGUUAGAUUUUAACUAUUAAACUUACAUACUAGCUACAUCUUCCCUAUUUUAUCUUAUAUCUAUGUAAUAAAUGUUCUAUCGUAAAUUAGUAAUUUACUGGGAUCUAUUUCAAUAUAAUGUCCGUAACAUUUUAAUAGUGAGUAGCUUAGUUUUUGUACAAAAAUGGCGACCUCGUCUAGGUAACCGAAUUUCUACAUAAGCGCAAGACAUCUUUUAGAUAUCUUCUUAUGAUUGUAGCAAUUCGAUUAUGAGGAUAUGGACACCUAAGUAAAUUACAUGCUAAAUGUGACUUAUGACUCCAAUAUUAUUUAUCAGCUCAUAUUAUAAUAUUCAUAUUAUAACCUUACUUAAAGCCUUCAACACCUUAUGCAUUAAUUUAAUUGAUUUUAAAUUGAAAGUGCUAGUUUUAUCAUUUUAUAUUUCUGGAUUAAGAUUUUUUUUUAUAUUUUAGUCAAUUUUUAAACCAGUGUGACCAUGUCCUCAUGUUUUAAAACAUAAUUUCGUAUCUUCAAUGUUCCUCUGUAGACUCGAAUUAGAAAAAAAAAGCUUAUGAGUGGAUGAUUUUUACUUGAUUGAUACCUAAUCGUUGUGAAGAGUGACGGAUCUGACAGUUAUAAUUUUAUUAGAUACCUACUCGUACCUACCUAUGAUCAUCAAAAUUAUUAUCAUUUCAGUAUUAUUAAAUUAGGGAAAAGUAGAAAACUAAAAAAUAAAAAUCAUUUUUUUUAAAUAAAAUUUGUUUUUGUUAAUGACAAUGAAUCUUAAAUGAAAUUAGAAGUAUUAUAAAAUUUAUAAUAUUUUUUGUAGGUAUCUUUUUGCUUAAAUCUAAAAUAUGACAAAUAAUUACGUAAUCUUUAGCCAUUUUGAAAACUGUGUUAACUAAGUCUUAUCAGGACAUUUUUUUUAGUUAACAGAGAGUGAGGAAUUUUUUGAAGGUCAGAAAUUAAUAAAAUAACACGUCGGCUGAAAAAUUAUACCUACUACAUGUGUUUAUUUAUUUUCCGUCACUUUUCAUAUUAAGUAUUAUUAAAUACAGCUAGAGAAACUGCUUGAUUAUUUGAAAAUCUGCCUAUAUUUAUUUUUUUUUUGGAAAAAAAUCAAGUUUUUAACUUUAUCAAGUAUUUUUCAAUUUUUAUCUAUUGAUUAAUUUUAUAACACAACUUAGUCGAUUAUUAGAUUAUUUGUAGGUAUUUAUUUGAUCAUGACAUUGACUUAUACGUAACAUAAGAAAUAUAUACUUUACUUUUGACAAUAUUACAUUUUUAGGCAUUUUUUGUAGAUUACAGGCAGUUUCAUUCAAAUCAGCUUACAUUAUCAGGAUACCUGUUACCUAUAUAUUUAUUUUCCGUAGAUAUUGAAUCUAGAAAUACUUCUAAACUAUGUAAUAAUUAAAGGUCUCGUAAUUAUCACUGUACAGAUAAAUUAAUGUAGUAAAAAUCACACCUGCGUGUGAGGUCUUAUUAAGUAAUACCUAAUGUAUAAUUAAAUACCUAAAUGAAUGUGCUCCGACAGUUUUAUGACGAAUUUAGAAAAGAAUGUAUGAAAGGAAAAAGAAUUAAAUAUUUCGUCGUGUC